UGCGAUAUCAGGCGGUUCCAAUACCGGCUUCAAUAUAAACCCUUUUUGUUUUAUUUGGAAUCAAAUACUGUUAAACGCAUGGUAAGAUAAACACGAUAUCACAUGUGUUUAAGGAGAACAAAACGUAUAUGUUAUGAUGUGAAAUAGACUUUGGUGGAUUUAAUAUUUUAGGGAUUUUUUUUCAAUAUUCUGGGAUAAUAUCAGACAAAGAUGAAUAACAGCUCAAGUGGUAGUGACGGAUUACGAUCUACAAUGUAUCAAAAUCUGGAAGCUUAUGCCUUGGCGUAUUGGUAUAUGCAUCCAUACAUCAGUCUUAUAAUUUGUACAUUUGGGAUUUCCACAAAUAUUGUUAAUAUCGCAAUCUUAUGCCAGAAGAAGAUGAUAAAUUCUAUCAACUGUAUCCUCACUGGAAUAGCAAUCUCGGAUAUUCUAACAAUGCUUGACUAUGUCCCGUAUGCAAUGCAUUUUUACCUCCUAACGGAUCUUCAUGAUACACUUCGAAGAUACACAUACACAUGGAGUCAUUAUUUAGCUGUUCAUUCUUGCCUUAGUAUAACAACACAUACGAUAUCACUAUGGCUUGCCGUUCUCAUGUCGGCAAUUAGGUACUUUUUUAUCCGCUCACGUGGUCGUUGGAACAUAAGUGUAAGCCGUACCAGAGCCGCCAUUGUCGCUGUUUAUGUAGCUUCCAUUAUUGUCUGUAUUCCGAAUUACGUUGUAACCGAUGUUCUACCCGUAUAUCUUCCUACCCAUAACGCAACAGUCUACAGGAUAAAAAAUCUACAGAUUUAUUUAAAAAACUCAACGACUAUGAAUGCCAUUAAUGUUUGGCUAUUCAUCUUAGUGGGGAAAGCCAUGCCAUGUGUUUUAAUAUGUGUAUUUGGUUGCUUUCUUUUGAAAACAUUACGGCAGAGUCAGCAACUUAGUGAGAGUCUUAAACUUACGGCUACUUCAAGACGAAUGCGAGCGCAUAAACGAACAACUGUGAUGCUUUUAGCUAUCAUUACAAUGUUUAUCAUUUCUGAAUUACCAUCAGCAAUUUUAGUUCUUAUUUCCGUUUUUCAGGAAGGUUUCUUUAUGGAUUAUUACAUGUUGUUUGCAGAUACACUUGACAUGCUCUCUUUAACAAAUAACGCAAUUAAUUUCAUAAUGUAUUGUAUAAUGAGCCGCCAGUUCAGAGACUGUCUCUGUGAAAAUUUACCGCUUUGUCAUGCAACGUAUAGUCAAUACAAGUCCGCUAGGACAUCGGAGGGAAAUACACGCGCUGGUAAUACUGCUCAAAUCUGUCACUGAAAUAGAAUAGAAAACGAAAAUUUUAUAUGUAUUGUGUUUCGUAGUAUAUUUGUGUCACAUAAAUCAUGUUGCUAUUUUACUGUAUUAAAUGCUAAA